GGGUUCUGGAUCCCCACGGGCCCUUUCCUAACGCUGCAACUUCCUCCAGGAGGGUGUCACGGAGAGUCACCCACACCGUGCUGUGCUGGCCAGCAGUGCCCAGGGCAGCCAGAGGGCUCAGCAGUGCAGGAUCCUGUGCCCUGCUCCCCACACGAGAGGAACCAAAGCACCAAAAUGGGGCAGAGCUUCUGGGAGCAACGCUAUCUGCCCCUCGCUCUCCUGCUCCUGAAUCUGGGGUCUUCUGUGACCGGAGAUGUCCCUCACAGCUGCUAUGGGGCUCCAGGCCUCCCAGGCCUGCCAGGUGUGCCAGGCAAGGAUGGCCGGGAUGGGCUGAAGGGAGCCAAAGGCGAGCCAGGCAUCCCGGCCACUCCUAAAACACAAGGACCCAAGGGCAUGAAAGGGGAACCAGGCAUCGCUGGUUUGCCAGGCAAGACUGGCCCCAUCGGUCCCCCUGGUCCCCCUGGAGACCCUGGGUUUAUGGGGGUGGUUGGAAACCCGGGUCUGCCAGGCAGCUACAAGCAGAAGCACCAGUCAGCAUUUUCAGUGACAAGGCAGACAAUGGAGUUCCCCCUGAAGAACGUCCCUGUGGUGUUCAACCACGUCAUUACCAACACCAACCACGACUACAACACCACCACUGGCAAGUUCACCUGCAGGCUCCCCGGCCUCUACUACUUCAUCUUCCACACCUCGCUGACAGCCAACCUCUGCGUCAUCCUGUACAAGGACGAGAGCAAGAUGGCCAGCUUCUGCGACCACAAGACCAACACCAUGCAGGUCAGCUCUGGUGGGAUCCUUCUCCACCUGAGUGCUGGGCAGCAGGUCUGGCUGGAGGUGAAUGACUACAACAGCAUGGUAGGCAUCAACAACAGUGACAGCAUCUUCUCAGGGUUCCUGCUCUUCCCAGACUAGAGGAUCACCAAAGCCCACCCCAGCACACCAACCCCUUUGCCUUCCCUGUAAAUGCUGCUGCUCACCACCAGGCUGUUGCUGAUGCUCCAGAUUUCUCUGCUGGGUGGGAAGCCCUAGUGAGGGGGUCAGCCCCAGCCACCAGACACAAACCCCUGGCCUGGGGAUCAAGCACAGGCAGCUGCUGAAUGGGGGUGACAGGCACAUCUGGAUGCAUCUGCACGCAGCAUGAUGACGCCAAACCCUGGGGCUCCUGCUGGCCCUGCCAUGUACAUCCACCCUGAUAACCCUGAAUCACCUUCCACUGCCAGAGCAAGAGGUCUCUCUGUGCCUCUCCCCUUCCCACCUGGGUUGCACCAGGGACAGCCAGGACACCAGGACAAGUCCUGGAAGAGGCUUGCAGCAGCAUCUUUGCCAUGAGCCAUCUAUGGAAAGUGUCAAUAAAAAACCUUCCCCAGCG